AUGACGGCACUUCGAACAGCAGCCGUUUGUGUUAUUGUAUUACUAUCCAUGCGACCCGGAAGUGAUGGGGCAGGCCAAGCCGGUUUGCUCAAAACGGUGUGGCAACCAGUAUGCGGACUUUCAGAAGAACUAGAUGUUGUCGGCGGAAAUAGCCUGCGAAUAAUAGAUGACAUACUCUCCGCGGCAACAAACCAAACCAACACCGCGAUUCGCUUGCGCAUCUACGCCCUAAAAAACAUUGAGGAGAAGCCUGUCAAGGAGAUCAGUGCUUUAGCGUCCUACUAUGCCGCGCGCGGCCACGCAGCGAUAAUGGACAUGCAAGCUACAGAGUUAGCAAAACAUAUAGCCGCGGUGCGGUCAGCCACAUACCUGAAGGGCAGAAUCGACGAAGGGAUAAACAUGCUAGAACAGGUCAAAGGUGGGCAAAACGGCUGCCUAGUCGCCACCGCAGCUGACGACACCACCGAGGUCAGAACAGGGACAAGGAUAGGAGGCGUCGAAUGCAAGCUGAAGCUGAGCGAACUUUCCAAGACAACAUGGAGCAAAGCCAACAUCGACGAAACCGGCUACCCAAACUUAAAGGAAGGAGGAACAACGUCGGGAACUGCCGUCCAGCCAACCGAUAGCAACAACGUGUGCCGGCUGUUACACCACUCGAGCGCACAUGGCCUAGGCAACAGUGCAAACCUAGACACCGCAGUCAAGAGCCUCGCCGGCUACAUAACAACGGGCGCGACUGCAGCGCCAACACUAGCAGCAAGGGCAAGCUUAACAACAACUAAAACAAGCGCCACAGGCGCGUGGGUCGACGCCUACGAACGCGCCGGCAAAUAUCGGCCGAAAUUAAACACAGAGUACUCAAGCGAUACGAGCCCCCUGGACAAGCGCCCAGAUUUAGUAAAAGCCGUACGUUCAACGGAAACAAAACUUGAAGGUGAAGGUGAAGAACCAGCAGCAAAGCUAGUAACAGCUUAUUUUGGGGGCACAGAACCAAAUAAACUAGACGCUUUCCUGAAACUCGUCGAACAAGACAAGAUACCCAAAGGCAUCGCCGGGUUACAAAAAGACACUUUCAUCGGGCAGAUCACAAACACCGAGCAACUAAACCAAAUUCUUUCUUAUUAUGUGUACCAUGCCAGCCUCAACUAUAAUGCACUGCAGAAAAAACUAGAUGAAGCAACAAAGAAAAAAGACACAAAAGCAGCGGAAGAUACCUGCAACAAAAUAAAGGAUGAAACAGCCUGCAGCAACAAGCCUUUUUGCACCUAUAACACAACAGAAACCGACGAAAAUAAAAAGUGCAAAUUUGAUGAAACAAAAGCAAAAUCAAAAGUAAAUGGUGUCCCUGUAACACAAACUCAAGAUGGAGGAGCAAUAACUGUAAACUGUGGCCAACAUGCCGACAAGACUAAAUGUGAGGAAAAAACAAGGGAAAAACAACCCCUGUUUGUGUAUGGAGAAAAGGCAAAGAGGGUGAACCUGAUCAAGAUAAAGAAAUGUGCCGAAAUGGUAGUUUCGUCAAUAAAAAAUUUACUCUGA